AUGGUGACUCAGCCUUCAACCUCGUUGCCCGCGCCGCAACCACAGGCUCAUUAUCAUCAUGACCAAGCCACCGCCACCUCACCGUCGCGCCGACCCUCGCCGAUAUCCCUCGCCAACUUUUCUUUCACGCAAUUCUUCUUUGCGUUGGACGAAGCAGCAGCUGAGGAGCAGCGCGUCACUGCGGAAGCCACUGCAGCAGCCCCUGUGAUCACCGUAACAACGGCGAGCACUCUGCCAUCUGCGAUGACGCCACCCACGACAAUGCCCCUCGUCAGCGCCGCCACUCUCUCCUUCCACAACUGCGUCCUUCUGAAGCUAAGCCUCACGUGUGCUCUCUGCAGUCGACUGUUGCGGUACCAGCCCGCCGCCAUCGAAACCUGUGGCCACUGUUUCUGCUACGACUGCAUCAACAAGGCCCUGGAGAACGGAUGUGCGCCACUGAUGAUCGAAUGGCCGUGGUGUACACUAGAGAAGGAGGUGGGCGCCGCUGAGGUGCGAUGGGCUGCCGCGACUGUGGCGUCCAUAUCAGCGAAGUCAUUGUGCCACAGUACAGCGGCGGAAACUCCAGGAGACACUCCGCAGGCGACAGAGGAGACUGCAGAUGGACACAGUAAUCACGAUGAGGUGCAAGUGGUGGCUUCUCCAGGACCACGGGCAACUCCCUCUAACGUUGCGCCGCCGUCACGCCAGCCGCGCAAAACACGCAAGGUGCGCCAGGUGUGCCCCCUGUGCCUCGGCCCUGCCUUCAAGUGGAUGCUUGUUCCUCUGCAACCGCUAGCAGAUCUCUGCAGCUCUCUACACUCGGCGUACCCUGGGUUGGAGGAGGCGCUUGGGCAGCUCACAGCAAGUACGCUGAACAGCGCUGCAUCCAGCACGGCGUCACGGGAAGCGUCUGCAAACAGUGACGAAGCACAGGGACAAAUCGGCAGAGACGUACAGGGGCACGUGCAACCUGCCAGCGGCUUUACCGGCCUCAUCACAGCCGCCUUUGCGCCCCGCCCGUCACUGCCCAGCGCUGAGGACUGGCGGUGCAGUCCGGAUGGGGAGGACGAGGAGGUGGAGCGGCGCCGUCGCCGCAGCAGCGGAGGGCCACGGAAAGAAAUCACAUUUGCUCCCGACAUUGCAUCGCGGGUGUCGAACAUUCCUACCCCGAUCGCUGCCGAUGCCCACACAACUGCGAAUCAGGCUUCUGGCCCUGUUGCUGAGGUCGCGUGCACGGCACACAACGCGGGCGUAGAAACCAUCGAGGAAGAGCCCUCCGACUCAGCUGAGGCUGAGGAGAACGACGGUAGUGUGGCAAGAGAAGCAUUGGCGGCGGCACUGAGCUGCAGUGCCGAUUUGAUUCCCGCGCCCGCCAUCCCUGCCCCAGCGUUCUCCGCGGUGACGCCCCAUAGACUGUCGCCCAGUUCGUGGCUGUGCGGUGCUGAACUCAACACGCCGGACCCAACGCCGCUGUGCCCAGAGGAUCUGCUGGGGCACUCGCCUGCAGAUGCCAGCAAAGCCGAAAACACUCAACAAGGCGGAAAUGGGAAUGUGGAUUCGAUGGUUAACCUUCACUUAGCGCCUGUCCACCAACACGCGAAGGCUGCGCAAGACACCGCAGACGCAGCGGCCAACACGAACUCCUCUCGCUUCGUGCCUCCAUUCUUCGCCGCUCAACACCGCUAUCGCGUCUUACUUGACACUCCCCUUACACCGUCCGUCAAGAACGAUGGGCUGUGGCUGGUGGUGACGUCUCCAAGGAGAAAGGGAGAGGCAGGUAGACUGGCGCCACCACCAACGCGUCUGCCGGGGCCACCAGACAGCAUCGACGCGAUUCUGCGUGCACGCGCCUCCUUCACACCAGAGUGGUCGGUCGUGUGGGACGGAGUGGACGAAGGGAAAAACGUCAACAGCAGUGGCGGUGAUGAAGGCUGCUCCUGUACGAUGGCACCCGCGAGCCAAUGCCUCUACUCCACUGUAAGACUUGCGGAGGUCGACGAAGAGGAGUGCGCUGUCCGUGAAGAAACGAGCGGCGAAAGUGGUGUCGCUGGCGAACAUCGACGUCCUGUCCCGCCGGGGGCACCGUCAAGGGUGAGCCGUCAUACGGUGAGAGACGCCCUGGCCUCUGUGCACAUACAGGACGUCUGGGACUUGCACACAGCAGUGGUCCGUCGACACCCCCAGCUGCCUUCGUGCUUUGCUGUUCUGCGGCACGGUUGCGUUCGCUGGCGAGAAAACCUAGCAGCAGCAGCAGCAGCAGAUGACAGUGAGUCUGCAGUUGACUCGAUAGGCAGCGGUGCUAUGCACCCCCCGCCACCGAUCCUGUGCGUGGUGGGGCACUACCCACGGCAGUCGUGCGUGUCGUGCCGAGGCGACUCAUCAGGCUUACGUCUUCUCCCUAAGCUCACCCCGACUGCUUGCACAGCGUUGGUGCUGGGUGUCCCAUGCCUGGACGUGGCGUGGGUCACGGCACCGACAUCUGCGCCUUGGACGGAGCACGCCGUAUCUGGGUGGAAGACGAGCACUGACGUCGUAGGUGGCGCACCAUUACCUUUAAAAAGUGUGCAGCGGAGGCUAAACGCAUUUCAGAAGGGGUUGGAGCAGCUGACGGCGGUGCCUCGCGCUUCUUCUUCACCACAGCACCUCACAGAGCCACUGCCGGCCUCUUGGAUGGCCACAACUCAACGCGCGCUCUUGACACACCUGCACCCCACCACGCAAGCAUGCGGCACACAAAACGACGCUAGCACCACCGUCCCUCACGCUGCUGCAGAGACGUACCUGUACUUCCUCCUGCCAGACGGCGCCACGCGGCAGUUGAGUGAGAUGCUCUAUCAUCAGUGGAUCCGUGACGAGUCGUGUCAAUCUCAGCGGGCAGAGAAUACGUCUCCGGUGGCACCGACACCUCCCCCAUUAUCGUCGCGCAAGCGAAGCAGAGAUGCGAUACGUGACAGCAGCGUCGUACACGGUAUGGGCGACUGGUCGGUGACGGACGGUCACCCGCAACGAGCUUGGCGACGUCUGCUGCUGGUGGCCGGUGGUGCAGCAGUGGAGCUCUCGCGGACGCUCUUCGAGGCCCUCGUUGCAACCGCCGCUGCCUUAGAAGGGGGCGGCAGCGUGGCCAAAGAGCGCAGUGCGACGGACACAACCUCUUUGGUGAAUUCACUGACCUCACACCUGCGGUAUCGACACACCAGUGACACCGAUAACUUGUGGAUCCAUGUGGAUGUGGCGGACGGCUGGCGCGAGCCACCGCCGCCGUCGCCGUCGGCAGGGAAUGCAGUUCACUCCCACCGUGCACAGCACACGCUCUUCCUCCUCUACAGCGUGGCGGUGGCACGUGAUGUCUUUGCGCAGCUGUUGGAAGUGAAGGAUGUGCGCGUGAAAUCGGCGUGCGGUUCACCUUAUUCUUCAUCGCCGGCGUCCGUGUCACCGUCGACGGGAGAACACUGCGCCGCUCGAACCUGCGCGCAUUUGCGGCGCUUCAAGGCUUUUCUCGAUCGCCUCGCCACGCUUGUCUCCCUCGCAGCGGCGCCGGUUCUUCCCGACUGCGCCUCCGUGCACGGCGGUGCAUCACACCGACAGGAGGCUCGCCCGUCCAGUUGGUUGUUGGAGAACAUCGCGCAAGGACGCCGUAGUGCCGGCAGCAGUGUUGCCAUAUCGCCGCUGUCGCAGACGCUGAGCAGCAGCGAACCAGCAAUGGAGCGCCGCAAUGCUGCUUUAUUCUCAAUAGGCGAGUGUGAUGCAGGCGGCGAACGGCACGUUGGAGAGGCAGGGCAUCUUCCACCGCAGCGGGUUGGAGUAUAUCGCAGUUUGCUCUACACCGACACGCCGUAG